CCCACUAAUUUAGUUAAUCCACAAACACUGACAGCCUAGUCCGCUCCUGCUAUUACUAUGUGCGCUCUGCCAGCCUGCAAUCAAGCUUUAACUUGAAAUGUGUUUUGAACGAUUUGGUCUGCCAUGGCCACCGUCACGUUUACAGUAGCACGCCGAAGUUAAAGCAUUGCAGGAAGAAAAGUUUGUGUCGCCCGUGUGAAAGUGAAGCUUGGCUUUGUGUCGCCUCCCGAGGCUGACGGGGGCUCGCGUUCAAACCUGGAGCACACGGCGGCCCCUGGGCCGGUCCACUCGCCAUGCCGGAGCCGCUCUCUCGCUGGCUGCAGGUGCUGUUCGGAGGCGGUCUCUCGGACCCCGCGAUCGCUCUCAGCCUGCUGGUAGGUGUGGUGCUCCUGGUUGUUGUUGUUUUUGUGCAGGGUCGAGGCCACCAUGCUGCUGCCAGUGCCAGCAAGGCCCUGCCCAUCGACCAGCGUCUGCUGCUGGAGACACCCGCAGCUUCUUGGAAGAAACCGAAACAGCACGAAGAGCCGAAGAAGAAAAAGAGGAAGGAGAAGGCUAAGGAACCAGUGAAUGGGCAUCCUCCAUUUUCCAAUGGCAUACAACUGCCUGUUGUUGAAGAAACUAAAGAUUCACAAGCUGCUGAGAAGAAAUCUUUCAAGGCCAAAAAGAAAAAACAACGAGUUGACGAGAGACCUAAGGAUAAGAAUGUUACAGGAAAUAAAGAAAAAAAUGAGGAAGAAGCUGGAGACUGGGUCACAAAAAUCAGUAAUCGAGAGAAACGUCAACAGAGGAAGGAGCGCCAGAAGAAGAAAUGUGAUGUGACCUGCGUUGCUGAUCCAACUGUUCCUCUUUAUUCUGACGGAAACAGGACUGCAUCAAGAACUGUGAAGGAUUACAGAGGAUCAGAUGAUCAAGAAGAGACCAUUGUGUGGAAGGCCCCGCCUGACUCUGCAAGUGAUGCAGCUUCCAACUGGAAUGAAGCAACCGAUAAGCCCAACGUUUGGCACUUUCCUGGGGGUGGAGACACCGGCACUGUAGGUUGGGGACCCUCGGACAAACCAACAGCUCCCUCAGGUUGGGGAGUAGCAACUAAGGACUUGAGCAGCAGUGGAGCUGACUGGGAGACUGUAGAUUCUGUUGAAAAGGAUAUCUUCUCCAAUAUAGGAACUUGGGACAAUAAGGCAGGUGUGAAAAACCCUCCCGUCACUUUUGGAGCCUUUCCUGAUCCACCUGAAACUAUUACCCAAGAGAAUACUUCAUCUCAAGAUAGCCCAGCCAGAUGUCACUUGAGUGCCUCACUGUCAUCACAUGUAGUUGAUGAAGCAUGGCUUGGAUUAGAUGACCCCUUUGCAGUUGACCUUAACUCAGAUUGGAGUCCACCAACAGAGGAAUGGGGCAACUGGACAGGAGAGGAAAUCUUAAUAGUUCAAGAAGUUGAGAAGGAGAAGCUGAAGAUGUCUGAAGAAGAAGAAGAAAAGUCUCAGAUGAAUCCUGCAAGCAGUGGGAAGUCAAAACGAAAGAAGAGAAAGAAGAAGGGCAAGCAUAUAGAAGAUUCUGCUGGAAGGGAAGUGAUGACAUUGGAGAAACCGGGUUCUAUAUCACAUGAUGAGCCAGGCAAAACACAUCCAGUUACUCCUGGCUUCUCUGAUGUCCAUUUUGUUGUAACGGAGUCAGAAAUAAAGCUCAGAGAUGGUGUACAGAAGAAGAUUCUGGUGGAUGUGGAUCCAGAGGGAAUUCCACAAAGAUCAGGAAUUGAAGUGGAACAGUGUUUGACAGAUAUUGGUCUUACUGAACAAUGGAAUAAUGGAACCAGCACAUCAAGCACUAAAAAAAAUGGAUUCACUUUAGACUGUGCCAAAACAGAGAAGAGGAAAAUGAAAGCCAGAAGAGAAACCUGACACUGCCUUUUUAUUCAUGGAAAUGGUUCAGAUUUUUAAUUCUGAAAUUGUCACCAGUUACUUCUAAAUUAGGCACAGGCAUUGUGCUUGCAGGAAGCAUUGCACUAAGUCCAUAAAAUGAACAAAGGGACAUAGAGUAGGAAACUCUGAUGUAGACAUGGAAGCCACAGAGCAAAAGUUAAAGGAGUUGCUAAUGGCAAGUACUUAUUGUUACAGAAAGGUAACAAGCCACAAAAAGAAUGUAUUUCCCAUGUACUUUGUUACUUUUUUUUCUAUUCUAGUGCCACAUGGAAUGCAAAGUAGCUUUUCCAGUUCCAAGCAGCCUUGUUUUAUGGCAGCAUAAAAGUAGUAGACUAGAUGUUUUUUUAAAAGUUGCAUAUUUAAUUCAAAUCUGUUUCAAACUUUCCUUCUCCUGAUAUACUCAAUUUUGUGUCCUAUUGUGAAAUUGUACUUUACAAAUAACUGUGGCUGCCUAUCUGUGUCUUAAAUCUUAAUCCUGGUUUCUGAGAAAUAGGAUGGAACUGAACAGGUGAUUUCUCACCUCUGUUUUGAGCUGUUGCAUAUGGAUUUGCUUCCACACUGUCAGCUCAUAGCAAUAUAGCACUUCAGGUAUUACUCAGUAACCUUGCUUGUCCAGAUUUAAUAUUUAAAUAAUAUAAUUUUGCAUCUUUUGGGAUGAAAAUGCACUAAAUAAUUUUUGCAAACUGUGCAGGGGAGCAUGCCAUAGAACCCACCCCCUUUUACCUUAAAUCUUUUGUACCAUUUUGUCCAUAGUGCCCAUAAUUUUAAAUUUGUUCCUUCCGUGUUUAGAAGUGUUUCAUAUUAGACAAUUUUAUUUGCAGAAUCUAUGUAAAACAAAGAGAGAAAUAAUCCCAGACAUUAGGAUAGGUCUUAAAAGACUGACUGUCAGAUCAGCCGAUAAUGGUUUCAACUGGACACCACUCAUGGAAGUACUUAUUCUAGUCAGAAGGGAAUUUUAAGUUGAUAUUAGUUAUUGACUGUAGUAGUAUUAAAGGAACACAUUUCUAAGAAAUGUGCCCACUUUAAGACACUUUGCUGUAAAUCCAACCAUGGUUCCUGAAUGAAGGUAAGAAUCACCCAGGUUGGUUACUGGAACCUUUUGAAAUAAUCCACUUGUGUUGCUUUGAAAUGUUACUGUUUCAAAAUGUAAUGUGGUCGUCAUCAUCAUAAAAUACAAGAUUUAGUUAUAGGCACUAAGCUCUACAAUAUAAUGGGCUAAUUGUGGAGUUUGAAAUUUAGUUGGCUCAUGUGAGUUUUAAUUAAUGGUUGUGUUAUUUUCUAAAGCUACCCAGUGUGUUUACCUUAAUGAGUGUUGAUCACUAUUGUUACAAAACAGUGUGAUCUCUUGAGACAUGUAGCCUUCAAGAAAAUAAGCAAAAUUAUUUAAACAGAAGAUGUUUACGGUUUAUUUGCUGUGACCGAAUCACAAUCAAUGAAUUUUUAAGAAGUCAAAGGAAAACCAGCGUAAUUGACCAUAUUGGAGGCAAAGAAACUGGAACAAAUUAUCUUAUGGUAAUAAAUCAGUAUUUGUAACUUCCCUACAUUCUAUAGUGUACAUCAUUUGCUUGCAUUUUCAAUUUUGGCUAUAAACCAAUGUAAAAUAUUGUUAGAAUCUCCAAUUUUAUUUGAAGAAAAAUCAAUCAAAGGGCAAUUUGAAGUCAAGCCAACCUAUUGUUUGAUGUAAGUAGCCUGCUAGUUAAUAUACAACCAAUACCUCCUAAGCCAGUAUCCUUAAAUAUAGUAUUUACUAUUUGCAAAGAGCUAAACUAUCCAGAUUUAUAGAGGUGUUUGCUACAGUUGCUCACCCAUUACAUUUUUUAUCAAUCAGUGAUAACUCAUGCAAGGUCCUGAAUGUUCUAACUGUAUAAAAAUGAUUUAUUUUCCAGCUGUACAAAAGUAUGACUUUUUAUCAGGUCUUGUAGUGGCCAUAUUAGCCUUAAUGUUGACUUAACAGUUUUAUAGGAGGUUUAACAAUUUUCACUAAUUAAGGCAGUAUUUUUGUUUCCCUUUUAUAAAUGAGAAUGUUUCACUUCAUGCCCUCCUGCAGCAAAGGUGGUUCAUAUAGGAAUGUGAUGUAGCAUUUACUGUUAUAGUUUUCAUGUAAUUCUGUGGUUCAUUUCUUUCAAAAAUCUGACUUCCACUUGUUAUGUAAUUGAAGUUUAUGUCUGUUUUGUGUUGGCUCAGUACCUGGCUUUUUUAAAUAAAGAUUUUGAGCUGCAAUUAUAAUUAGCUACAUCAGUUAAUAUUAAAUUGAAUUUCAAAUAUUAACAAUGAUAAGAGUUUUAAAUGGUGUUGUAAAGUGGUGUUUUACUUAAAUGUUGUAUAACCAGAAAAUCCAGUGUAUGGAUUGUUUUUUCUGUUUUCAUUAUUUGUGUAGUAAGGUUGCAUGAAGUAUCUGUAUGUGAAUUGUUUCUUUAUAGCUUGUAAAACUUUAAAAUCUGCAGUAAGUGCCAAUAUACCAGAUGUUCUGGUAGGUUUAAGUAGGAAAGCAAAAUUGUUUGACUAAUGAAUUACCUUUGUCAGUUACUAAAUUACUUGUGAUUUUCAUAUUUGAAUUAUAAUUUUCUGAAGCUUACAAAUUUCCUAUUCAUAAAGCAGUUCUUUGGUCAAAACUGGUCUAGAAAUGAAUUUGUAG